AUGAUGGGCGAACGACGAAUUGAAAGCUUUGAGCACAUCGCCCAAUUCGAGAAGAGACAUGCCCCCAUUGUCACCAUGUUCAGCGGCGGUCUAGACAGCACAUAUCUGCUCUUGAGACUCCAACAGCUYGGCUUCACAAAUAUCCACGCAGUCGCAGUCGACGUUGGGGCUCCCAUAGACAAAGCCGAGCUUACAAAAUAUGCCGCCCAUUUCGGUGCGCAAUUCAAGUGUCUCGACGGCCGCGAGUUAUUCGUCAAGCAAGGCGUUACUUCUGCUAUUCGUGCCCACGCCACGUACAUGGGAAUGUACCCCAUCAGCAGCUCGCUGUCCCGUCCGGUCAUCGCUCGUCUAGUUGUCGACUACGCCAACCUUUUGAAUGCGAGUUUACUGCUACAUACUGCAAAUCUGUCGCAGAACAGUCUUCCUCGCCUGAACAAUAGCAUUCGACGCUGCGAGUUCUCUGGGCAGUUCGGCAGCCCAUAUGUUCUCUCGGCCGUCUCGCGCGAGAGGAAAGCGGAGGAAUUGGCUGCUGUCGGACUUACCAUCAUGUCGGAACGUAAACUGAGUGGUGAUGAGAAUUUGUGGUGUCGGGAGUUUGAAGAUGGUCCAGUGGAUGAUCCAGAAGAUUUCUGCAUCCCAGAAAAGGCUUUCGAAUGGACGCGAUGCUGCAAUAACGCGAAGGUCCAAAAGCUCACACUCGACUUUGAAAAUGGCAGCCUGGUCUCCAUCGACGGAAAAAAGCUCCCCCUCAUCGAUGCCAUCGCACUACUGAACAAGGAGGUGGGAAAAUUUGGUCACGGUCGAUUUGUCGGACUCGAACCCCUGAGCACCGACGAUAAAGUUUUGGAGGUUCGCGAAGCGCCAGCCGCAGCCAUCAUCAUGGACGCACUUCGUCAUCUUGAGAUCGCCACACUGGAUUCGGACACGCUGGAAUUAAAGCAAACCCUAGAACAACGAUGGGUCCGGGAAGCGGUGUCUGGACACUGGGGAAGCAAGUCACAUACCAUGUGCGACACCGCCAUCGCUUCGGCCUUGCUUGGAGUGGGUGGGAGUGUGACUUAUAAUAUUGAUCACAUGCGUUUCUUGCCUUGCUCUAUUGUCGCGCAGAAUCCUCGCUAUGUUAGGAACCGGGAUGAGUGGGAACACAAACGGUCAUUGCUACUGUACGGCAAGCCUUACAACCAAAAGAUCCAGGGAAGCAAGCCGAAAUCCUUCGACCAACUGGCACAGAGAAAAAGUCUCGGAUUGGUGGUAUCAUCAGCAGUCCAAGGCUUCAACCAAAAGCUUCCUAUCAACAUCCUGGUGUAA